AUGACUAACUCCUACCUGCAGGGUGGUACAAGAGGGUCCCUCUGCCCCUCACUGUUAGCUCCCGGGCAGGAGAGGACUUGCUCAGAUGUUGGAGUGAUGCUUGCAGAUGGGCAGAAGAAGGUUCAAGAGGAAUUUGACAUAGACAUGGACGCGCCAGAGACAGAGCGGGCAGCCGUGGCGAUACAGUCCCAGUUCAGAAAAUUCCAGAAGAAAAAAGCGGGGUCCCAGUCUUAGUAGCUACCUCACAGCUUAAAGUAAUCCUGAAAUGAUUUAUCAAGAAAAUCAGAAAUAACACGACAAACACAAAGAUGCAUGUACAGAAAUUAUCAAUAUUUAAAACCCCAUUGGCAGAUAACAAACCAUGAGCUCGUGUGUGACUUCAUCCCAGAUGUUUCACACCCAUUAUCCUCUGUAACUCACCAUUUUACUUGAUGUUGUAAUAAAAAGUUAGGGUGAAGUAAUUAAAGUGUCUGCCUUCAUCUGUCUCUUCAUAUUAAUCCAGCAACCACAGCGUUGCAAAUGAGCCCAGCCCAGAUGCCUGUUUUCCUCUUCAUGUAAAGCUUGGAGACAUAACAACACCGUAUGUUACAAGGUUUUUGCUGAGGGAUGAGAGCAUGCAUCUCAGCCCUGCUUACCUCAUUUGGAGAAUUCCAGCUGCCAGCCAAAUGUGACAAUGAAAUUACUUUCUCGUAAUGAGCUGAAAGGAAAAA